AUGGGCAAGAUUGUCUUCUACGAGGACAAGAACUUCCAGGGCCGGCGGUACGAAUGCGACAGCGACUGCUCUGACUUCCACAGCUACCUGAACCGCUGCAACUCCAUCCGCGUGGAGAGUGGCGCCUGGGUGGUGUACGAGCGGCCAAAUUACAUGGGCUACCAGUAUGUGCUGACUAGGGGAGAGUACCCGGAGUACAUCCGCUGGAUGGGCCUCAAUGACCGUCUUUGCUCCUGCAAGAUGGUCCAUUUCGCUAGUGGGACCCAGUACAAGAUCCAGCUGUACGACAAGGGUGACUUUGGCGGCCAGGUCUUCGAAUCAACAGAGGACUGCCCCUCGAUCUCGGAUCAUUUCCGCCUGAGGGAGGUCCACUCCUGCAAAGUCCUGGAGGGGGCAUGGGUCUUCUACGAGCACCCCAACUACCGCGGCCGCCAAUACCUGCUGGAGAAGGGAGAGUACCGCAAACCUGUAGACUGGGGGGCGGUCUGUCCAACGGUACAGUCCUUCCGUCGCAUCACCGAGUGAUCCAGA